CCUAAAAGAGGAAACCGCUGUUCCACAAUGGUAAAGAUAAAGAGCCAGUCUUCGAUCAGCAUCCCCGAGGGCGUCUCGGUGGAGUUCAAGAACCGCAUUUUGACCGUCAAGGGCCCUCGUGGUACUCUUACGCGAGACUUCCGCUACCUCCAGCUUGACUUCCGUGUAGAUAACUUGAAGCGCACCUUCACCGUGAUUCGUUGGUUCGGCUCCAAAAUCCCGAUCGCGUGCAUCAACACGACCCUCUCCCACGUGCGCAAUCUCAUCUGCGGCGUCACCAAGGGCUUCCGCUUUAAGAUCCGCAGCGCCUACGCGCACUUUCCCAUCAACAUCAACGUCGAAGGCCAGAAUAUCGAAAUUCGGAACUUUCUGGGGGAAAAACGCGUGCGCCGAGUGCUGCUCCCGGACUCCAUCAAAGUCUACCAAACCGACCCGUCCAAGGUCAAGGAUGAACUGGUGCUUGAAGGGAACGAUCUCGAGCAGGUCUCCCGCGAGGCCGCCGUCCUCCACCAGUUGUGCGCGGUCAAGAAGAAGGAUAUCCGUAAGUUCUUGGACGGUAUCUACGUCCAGACGAAGACGAAUGUGGAGGUCUCGGCUUAGAGUAGGUUCAUCAAAGAUGCAUCUGCACCCAAGAAGCUUAUCUUACUCUUUUAGUUCAAUGUCUUUUUAAUUUUAAAUUUUAAUAAAUGAUGAUGUUUCCCCAA